CGCGGUAGAGAUGAGCAGAAUCAGGGCCGUAUUGCUGCACAUUCCACCAGAAUCGCGCAGAGGAAGUGAGGACUCAUCCUGCAUCAGUCAGCUUCGUAAAGAUUGCAGUUCCUCCCACAGCCAAGUGCCCCGGCGUGUCCUGUGUGCGCCUGACUAAGGUUCUGUAAAGUCACCGGGAUUCACAGGAAGAAAUGUUGGCUAUUUGGCGAUGAGAAGUGCAAAAACUGACCUCGUCCUGGUAUACAGGCACUACGGGACCUCACAAUUUUGCUGCAUGGGCAGCCGGCCCCCACUGAUAAUGUCGGGAAGCCAUUGGGUCCACUGGAAAACACUAAUCUGAUCUUGGAAGUGGCUGAUAGUGGCAGGAUGUGUCGACGAUGAUGAUGGCAAGAAAGCAAGAUGUCCGCAUUCCCACCUACAACAUCAGUGUGGUGGGAUUGUCCGGGACCGAGAAGGAGAAGGGCCAGUGUGGCAUUGGGAAGUCUUGUCUGUGCAACCGCUUCGUGCGCCCGAGCGCCGAUGAGUUUCACUUGGACCACACCUCGGUGCUCAGCACCAGUGACUUUGGCGGGCGAGUGGUCAAUAAUGACCACUUUCUCUACUGGGGAGAAGUUAGCCGUUCCCUGGAGGAUUGUGUGGAAUGUAAGAUGCACAUUGUGGAGCAGACGGAGUUCAUCGAUGAUCAGACUUUUCAACCUCAUCGAAGCACGGCCCUGCAGCCCUAUAUCAAGAGAGCUGCUGCGACCAAGCUCGCCUCAGCAGAGAAGCUCAUGUACUUCUGCACUGAUCAGCUGGGGCUGGAGCAGGACUUCGAGCAGAAGCAAAUGCCGGAUGGAAAGCUGCUGAUUGAUGGUUUUCUUCUGGGUAUUGACGUUAGCAGGGGCAUGAAUAGGAACUUUGAUGAUCAGCUCAAGUUUGUCUCCAAUCUCUACAAUCAGCUUGCAAAAACGAAAAAGCCCAUAGUGGUGGUCCUGACCAAGUGUGAUGAGGGUGUUGAGCGGUACAUUAGAGAUGCGCAUACUUUUGCCUUAAGCAAGAAGAACCUCCAGGUUGUGGAGACCUCAGCAAGAUCCAACGUGAACGUGGACUUGGCUUUUAGCACCUUAGUGCAACUCAUUGAUAAAAGUCGGGGAAAGACAAAAAUCAUCCCUUACUUUGAAGCUCUCAAGCAGCAGAGCCAGCAGAUAGCCACUGCAAAAGACAAGUAUGAGUGGCUGGUGAGUCGCAUCGUGAAGAACCACAAUGAGAACUGGCUCAGUGUCAGCCGAAAGAUGCAGGCCUCGCCCGAGUACCAGGACUAUGUCUACCUGGAAGGGACUCAGAAAGCCAAGAAGCUCUUUCUCCAGCACAUCCACCGCCUCAAGCACGAGCAUAUCGAGCGCCGGAGAAAGCUGUACCUGGCAGCCCUGCCGCUUGCUUUUGAAGCUCUCAUACCCAAUCUAGAGGAGAUAGACCACCUGAGCUGCAUAAAAGCCAAAAAGCUCUUGGAGACCAAGCCGGAGUUCUUGAAGUGGUUCGUCGUGCUUGAAGAGACGCCGUGGGAUGCCACCAGCCACAUUGACAACAUGGAGAACGAGCGGAUCCCCUUUGACUUAAUGGAUACCGUCCCUGCUGAGCAGCUGUACGAAGCCCACUUAGAGAAGCUGCGGAACGAGAGGAAGAGGGCUGAGAUGAGGAGGGCGUUUAAAGAAAACCUGGAGACCUCUCCUUUCAUAACUCCUGGGAAGCCUUGGGAAGAGGCCCGGAGCUUUAUAAUGAAUGAAGAUUUCUACCAGUGGCUGGAAGAACCUGUGUACAUGGAGAUUUACAGCAAACACCAAAAGCAAAUUAUAGAGAAAGCGAAGGAAGAGUUUCAGGAGCUGCUUUUGGAGUAUUCGGAAUUGUUUUAUGAGCUGGAGCUGGAUGCGAAGCCCAGCAAGGAGAAGAUGGGUGUCAUUCAGGAUGUUCUGGGGGAGGAACAGCGAUUUAAAGCGCUGCAGAAGCUCCAGGCGGAGCGCGACGCCCUUAUUCUGAAGCACAUCCAUUUCGUGUACCACCCCACGAAGGAGACGUGCCCCAGCUGCCCCGCGUGUGUGGAUGCGAAGAUUGAGCACUUGGUCACUUCUCGCUUUAUCCGACCGUCUGACCGGAAUCAGAAGAACUCGCUCUCUGACCCCAACAUUGAUAGGAUCAACUUGGUUAUCUUGGGCAAAGAUGGCCUCGCGCGCGAGUUGGCCAAUGAGAUUCGAGCUCUUUGUACAAAUGAUGACAAGUAUGUGAUAGACGGUAAAAUGUAUGAGCUUUCCCUGAGGCCCAUAGAGGGGAAUGUCAGGCUGCCUGUGAACUCUUUCCAGACGCCAACGUUUCAGCCCCAUGGCUGUCUCUGCCUUUACAAUUCAAAGGAGUCCCUCUCCUACGUGGUGGAGAGUAUAGAGAAGAGUAGAGAGUCCACUCUUGGCAGGCGAGAUAAUCAUUUAGUCCAUCUCCCCCUGACGUUAAUUUUGGUUAACAAGAGAGGAGACACCAGCGGAGAGACCCUGCACAGCUUAAUACAGCAAGGCCAGCAGAUUGCCAGCAAACUGCAGUGUGUCUUUGUCGACCCUGCUGCUGCCGGCAUCGGUUAUGGGCGCAACAUUAACGAAAAGCAAAUCAGUCAAGUUCUCAAAGGACUCCUGGACUCCAAGCGCAACUUAAACCUGGUCACUUCUACCGCCAGCAUCAAAGACCUGGCUGAUGCCGACCUGCGGAUUGUCAUGUGUCUGAUGUGUGGAGAUCCUUUUAGUGCAGAUGACAUGCUCCUUCCUGUCCUUCAGUCCCAAACCUGCAAGUCUUCCCAUUGUGGAAGCAGCAAUUCUGUUUUACUUGAACUGCCAAUCGGACCACACAAGAAGCGCAUCGAACUGUCUCUUCUUUCGUACCAUUCCUCGUUUAGCAUCAGAAAGAGCCGGUUGGUCCAUGGGUACAUUGUUUUUUAUUCAGCCAAACGUAAGGCCUCCCUGGCUAUGUUACGUGCCUUUCUCUGUGAAGUGCAGGAUAUUAUCCCCAUUCAGCUGGUGGCACUCACUGACGGCGCUAUCGAUGUCCUGGAUAAUGACUUAAGUCGGGAACAGCUGACCGAGGGGGAGGAGAUUGCUCAAGAAAUUGACGGAAGGUUCACAAGCAUCCCCUGCAGCCAACCCCAGCAUAAGCUCGACAUCUUCCACCCGUUCUUUAAAGAUGUGGUGGACAAAAAGAACAUCAUCGAAGCCACUCACAUGUACGAUAACGCUGCCGAGGCCUGCAGCACCACGGAAGAGGUGUUCAACUCCCCGCGUGCGGGCUCGCCGCUCUGCAACUCCAACCUGCAGGAUUCCGAAGAAGACAUCGAGCCCCCUUCUUACAGCCUGUUUCGGGAAGACGCAUCGCUGCCCUCUCUGUCCAAAGACCACUCUAAGCUCUCCAUGGAACUGGAGGGCAACGACGGGCUGUCUUUCAUCAUGAGCAACUUCGAGAGCAAACUGAACAACAAAGUACCUCCACCCGUCAAACCAAAGCCUCCCGUCCACUUUGAAAUUACAAAGGGGGAUCUGGCCUACUUAGACCAGGGCCACCGAGAUGGACAGAGGAAGUCUGUGUCUUCUAGCACCUGGCUACCUCCGGAUGGGUUUGAUCCUUCUGAUUACGCCGAACCCAUGGAUGCUGUGGUCAAGCCAAGGAACGAAGAAGAGAACAUAUACUCAGUGCCCCAUGACAGCACCCAAGGCAAAAUCAUCACCAUUCGGAAUAUCAACAAAGCUCAGUCCAAUGGCAGUGGGAAUGGUUCCGACAGUGAAAUGGACACCAGCUCCCUGGAGCGAGGCCGCAAGGUGUCCAUCGUGAGCAAGCCCGUGCUGUACAGGACGAGAUGCAGCCGGCUGGGGAGGUUCGCCAGUUACCGAACCAGCUUCAGCGUCGGGAGCAAUGAUGAGCUGGGGCCCAUCCGGAAGAAGGAGGAGGAUCAGGCAUCCCAAGGUUAUAAAGGGGACAAUGCCGUCAUUCCCUAUGAAACAGACGAGGACCCGAGGAGGAGGAAUAUUCUCCGCAGUUUGAGAAGGAACACUAAGAAACCAAAGCCCAAACCCCAGCCAUCCAUCACAAAGGCAACCUGGGAGAGUAACUAUUUUGGGGUGCCCUUAACAACCGUCGUGACUCCGGAGAAGCCGAUCCCUGUCUUUAUUGAGAGAUGCAUUGAGUACAUUGAAGCCACAGGACUGAGCACCGAAGGCAUCUACCGGGUGAGCGGGAACAAGUCCGAGAUGGAGAGUCUGCAGAGGCAGUUCGACCAAGACCACAACCUGGACUUGGCGGAGAAGGACUUCACAGUGAACACGGUGGCAGGUGCCAUGAAGAGCUUUUUCUCAGAGCUGCCAGACCCCCUGGUCCCGUACAACAUGCAGAUUGAUCUGGUGGAGGCGCACAAAAUCAACGACCGGGAGCAGAAGCUGCAUGCCCUCAAGGAGGUGCUCAAGAAGUUUCCGAAGGAGAACCACGAAGUCUUCAAGUACGUCAUCUCGCACCUCAACAGGGUCAGCCACAACAACAAGGUGAAUCUCAUGACCAGUGAGAACCUGUCCAUCUGCUUCUGGCCCACCCUGAUGCGGCCCGACUUCAGCACCAUGGACGCGCUCACGGCCACGCGCACCUACCAGACCAUCAUCGAGCUCUUCAUCCAGCAGUGCCCCUUCUUCUUCCACAACCGGCCCAUCGCCGAGCCGCCCGGCGCCGCGCCCAGCUCCCCCUCCGCCGGGGCUCCCACCGGGCCGCUCCUCACUUCCACACCUGUCGCCGGCCAGCCGUCGCCGCCCCAGUCCCCUCCACCCACCCCCCAGUCCCCGAUGCAGCCGCUGCUCCCCUCCCAGCUUCAAGCCGAACACACGCUGUGAGCCGCCGAGGCCUGGGGCUGCAGGGGGCUCCGUCUUCUCUCUUUGAUGGGGUGGCAUUUGGCCUUGAACAAAACGAGGUUCCGUGGGGCAGGGGCAGGGGCAGGGAGGGGUCCCCUCUCCCCUGUCGCCUCCUGAAGACCUCAGCGGUAGCACCAGCCAGCAGUCCACCAUCGGCUGGCCUGUCAGGGCCCUGAGCCCGGGGCUGGCCACAGGCAGUGGCCAGGGGGCCCUGCCCUUUGACUAGGACCCCUCUGGGGACUGAACUGGCCAGGCAGCGGCCCCAGUGGCCGUCCACAUGCUCACUGCUCUCUGGACCGCCUCCCCACCUGCCCGCCUGUCUGCACACACCAGCCUCAGGGUGGCUGCCCGCUGCUGAAAUGGCGCAGCCUCCGCAGAGGGAGGCGGAGGGGCCGAGGUUCGGGCCACCCCAGGGCAGGGCUGCAGCCCCUGAGGAGAACACUGCCCGCCUGGCUCGUCUGUCUCCCCGCCUUCCGUGUCUGCACCCUCCUCCCAGCUGCGGGCUGCAGCCUGUGUAGCACCCUCCUUGGGAACACGUCAGCCGAGGCUCUGCCACCCCAGGGUACAAUGCUGAGGGCGUUUGCCUGGCAGAUCAGAACAGAGGGAGGGUCGCCUUGUGCCUGGACCAAGAGAGCGGGUGCAGCUUCCCCUCGACACCCCCCCACACACACAUAGUCUUCGGGGAGGCCUUCCCUUUAAACAAAGGAACACUGGAAGAAAAAGGAGAGAACCCUCCGCUGAGCUAAAGAAGAAAAAGGAAGACACUACAGACCUCAAGACUCGGUUCUCCUCCCUCUCUGAGAGGCAAACAGGUGGAAGGUGGUCUUUGUCUUUGUGGCAGCAGAACAGGGAUGUGGGGGCGGGUGCCUGAGAGCUGGGGGGUCCCACUUAUGUCCCAUCACCAGACACCCCUUUCCCCAAUGAGCUGCUUUGAGCCUUCGGUGGGAAAGGCUGGGAGACCGCCAGACCAGCCCGGACCCUGGUCUGCCCUGGAACACACUACAGUGCUGUGGAAACACUACUGCGUGCAUGCGUGUGCGUGGAGGGGCUCGCCCGGGAGGGAGGGGCAGCUGGAGGGCGCUGGCCUACACUCGGGGUCGGUGUUGACAUGGAAUCGUUUGCCUCCUGCGCUGUCAAAUGCCGCUAGCAGGGCUGUUGGGAAGUGGGCAGUGUGGGGGAAACUGAAGUCUGCUGUCUGCUGGUGCCCAUCAGGAGCUAAUGACUGUCAGAGUCACGAGGAGGGCACUGCGCCCUUUGCCCCUCCGUGGCCUCCCUGCCACCUUUCCCUGGGCAGUGGCUUUCCCCGGAGCUUCUUGGCCUUUGCACUGGCCCCUGGGAGAACCCUUCUCGUGCCCCACCCCUGCCCCCUAAACACAGCGACCCUGCUGAGGCUGCUGCAGAUGGUGGUCGCCCCCACGCUGGUUGCCAGCCCGGCCUCUGCACCGAGCAGCCUAACACUAAGGUACCUGACGUCGGGGCACGGGCUGGAGGCCCCGCACGCCGCUCAGCCCCGCAGGUCUCUUUGCACUUUAAGAAGCAGCCCCCAUGCUAUGUCUGAGGAGGCCCGGGGCACUUCAGCCAGGGGCCUGACAAUGUGGGAGGCGCCUCGGAACCAUCCCUGCCCCCCAAACCCUUCCUGCCGGCCAGCCCUGCCCUCCCCUGGGUGGGCGGCUGCCUUCCUGUCCUAUUGCAGAAUCAGGUGCUUGGGAAACGAAAUCCUCCGUCCCCUCCCGUCUUACCCCUUUUGUAAGAAUGCACGUCAGAGAUGGAGCCAAGGUACAGGAGGGCGUGUCACUGUCUCAUGAGGCGCUGUUUUCUCUCCUGCUGGCUCGGGCCUGCUGCCCGUGGCAGCCCGGGCUGGAAGAUGAUGCUUGGGCCAUCUUGCCUGCGGUCACAGCCCUGGUUCUCUGGCGCUCCCUCUCCCCAGCUCUGAGUCCGAGCCUCAGAGGAAAGUCCUCCAUUGACGUAAUCUCAGCCUUUCUCAAGGACACAGUCACUCGCUCCCAGUCAGCUCUUCAAGAUGGUGGGGGUGGCCUGGGACCACUGUCCUUCAUUUGAGGUGGCCCGGUUCCCUCCCACUGGCUCCCCAGGCCACGCCCCCCACGCUGCCGCUUGCAACCUCAGCUCUGCACCAGGAUCCUCCCGCGCCCCCAGCCCUGAGACGACACAGAUGAGAGUGGAGGGUGGGUGGCUUUGCUGGCUGUGUUGGAAGGGAGAGGGGACCCCUGUGCUUGGCGCUCUUGCCUGUGCGGAAGUAUUGGAAACCAGGCUUCCCCAGGUGGCCUCUGGCCCAGCAGUGCCUGCGCCAGCCCUCGUGGGCAGCUGCAGUCCUGCCAGGGCGUAAAGGGGUGCAGGCGGGGUCGCUGGCUCAUGCCCCGAAGGAGCUGCAGUGGCCAGAGCCCGGGGCCCUCUUGUUUCUCCUUUCUCUGCCAGCUCUGCAGCUUCUUCUCUUCUCCAGGCUGACUCAGGCUGGAGGGCAGCUCUCCGCUCUUCUGAGUUGGCUGUGCCACUGGUGGCGGCCCUGGGCUUCAGCUUCCAGGUGGGGGGUCAGCAUUCGGACCAAAUGGGAGAGCCUGGGCGAGUGUCAGGACAGGCUGCCUGCCCGCACGUUCGUCCUGCGGUUACGCUCUGGCAAGCGCUUUCACAGCUGGGUCUCCGGGAGCCGCACCGCAGUUCUCAGAGCAGGCCACGGGCGUGGGGCUGCUCCAGGCCACGGCGAAGUGUGGUGUGCCCGGCCCUGCCCUCCCUGCGCGGUCUCUACGUCCGCCAGUGCAGACACGGUUGUUGGUGGGGGCUGGCUCUGGGUUUGUGACACCAGUGCCUUCCACGGAGGGAGGCUGCCAGGUCAGGAGGCGUGGCUAGUGAGUGGCCCUGGUUCUGGGCUGUCCCCUCUUGAGUGUCCCACGGGGCUCUCUUCUCCCUGCGUUCCUCGAUGUGUUCCUCCCUGCCCUUGGCGGCGUGAGGUGGACUGCCGUUCCGCACCUCGGCCACCUCGAUGUGUCCUGCCUAAGGCAGGAAGCCUGCCACCGGGUGAGAUUCCUCUGGCAUACUCUUUGCCUUUGCCAGGGUGGACGUUGGGUGACAUCACAGGAGCAGCUGGAAGGGGUCCCUCACCCCCGUUUCUGGGCACUGGUUGGAGGUCUGCGGGCCUUGCGGCCGUGGGGCAUCUAGCUCAGCCCUGAAACUUGGAAACAAGCUGCAACAUUCAUAAAAACAAGUCACCUCCACCUGUGCGCCCCCCCCCCCCCCGCCGCCUCCUGGGAGGGGAGCCACGCUGCUUCGGCAGGGUCUGCAGAGAGUCCUGGACAGUGGCCAGGAGCUGGCGCCCCUGCUGCGGAGGGCUCUGCUCAGUCAGCGCUGCUUUUCCAAGAGGAGGCGGCUCUGGGGACUUGGGUGGGUGCUGGGGGAGCAGGUGCCCUCGCUCCACAGUCCCCCUGCUGGGGGCGUGGCAGGCCGUGGAGCGCGGGAAUGGGCCCAGAGGCCAGAGCCUCUGACAUCUGCUGGGGACAGUCCCAGCGCCUGCUCCCAAACACGGCUGAGUCCGCAGACAGUGCACGGAGGAGUUGCCGUCACUCCUAUCGCUUGGCAGGUUCAAGCCGCUCGUGUGUGCUUAGGUGAAGGGACAGACUGAGUCGCGUAUGCCGGAAACCUAAAUCACACCCAGGACUGCCGGGGAUCACAGCCGAGGGGGAGGUGUGAGGGGAAAGGCUGCUUGGCUCCCGGGGCUCAAGGCCGGGCUCACAGGGUCGGGCCUGCCGUCGCUGUCCCGGGGGGACCCCUCCCCUGGGAACCCUCAGCUGGCUGCCUGCCCUGGCUCCCGGAGGGGCAGCUCCCCGGCAGUGGCGUCACACUUCGGUGCCGUCUAGACAGGGCCUAAGUUAUUGUUGGCGGAAGGAGUCCUGUGCCCUGUGUACAUUGAAGAAGAUGUCUCUGAAUUGUAUGGGAAUAAAACCUGUUUGAAAAUUUGGAA